AUGGAUCCGAAUAAUCCUUCAGCUUCGAUCACGCCCAUGUGUGAUCUGUGCAAAGCAUCGAAGCCGUCAGUGAGAUGCGACCGCUGCGACAACCAGGUCUUCUGCCUCCAGUGUGACGACAUCUUCCACCGCCACCCCAAGCGGAAAGCGCACCUUCGCAAGUCCGUCGAGCACUGUGAUAUGGGUCGGCCCCCAUCCCAUCAAGGAACACUCGCUGGACACAAGGUCGUAGCUGCCAAACCCUUCUGGAAACCUCAGCCCGAUGUUCCACCCCGGAAAAAAAAGCCAUUUUCAAUCUUCACCAAUCUUAUGCGGGGAAAGUCUGAAGUUUGUAUACCCGAGGAGCUAGAGAAACGAAGUACGCUGAGCUCGAAGAUCGGAAGCCUCAAGCGUUUCAUCCAGAACCGUCCCCUCCCACCUCUUCCUAGUGGUGAGUGCAUUACUCAUCCUCUGUUCCAGCGCUCGAACGUCGAUGAACCGAAGAGGAACGCAUUCGCAUCUCUUCACAACAAAUCGGGAAGCGCCACAUCGCUUGCGAAAAGGAUCUCGAACAGGGACAUAUCCGAUUGGGAAAGCGAGAGAGACAUCAGUAGCAACCUUCAGGUGAAUCGGAUGUAUCCCGACCGAAUGGCGCCGAUGAACCGCCAUCAAUCCAUGAUGGAUCUUUCUAGGAUGUCACCGCAGGCUUAUCCUCAAUAUAUUGGCGGACCCUUCAUGCCGGCUUUCGGGGCUCCUUUCGGUGCUGUUCCCGUACCUUACGGAAGUUUGUCUUAUCUCAAUGAUCCGCGAAUGAUGCCACAGCCUUGGGGCUAUGCUGGUUCAACGGGCUCGUUCUCGAACCUCAAUUCAUCAGCUGAGGGCGAAGGGAGGGACACGGAUUCAGAAUCGACAUCCAGGCGGCCUAUGAGAAAUCCUCAAAGUUCGAGCGUGAAGGCGGCUGCCGCAGCGGCUGCGGCAGCGAACGCAGCCUCCAUGAGACGUUGUCAAAGCUUCGCAGCCAACCAGUGGAAUAACAUGGCAUAUCCUUAUGUGCCACCACAAGCGUUCGGAUAUCCUGGCAUGCCUCCGUAUUUUUGUGGCAGCGCUGCCGGCAGCCAGUGGGGCUCGGAUCAGAGCGUGGAUGCUCUGGGAGUCAAAGCGAAUCCUCACGCUUGUCGGAGUCAAGCGAAUUUGUCCAAUAUGGAUGCAAAUCGAGCCAUAUGGUACUACCAAAACCGGAAUAAACAACGCAGCGCCAGGCCCGAAACGGAGACAUCGGAUUCCGACCUCGAUUUCGUACCGAGGUCACGUUCGCGGUCUGAUUUUCGUCAGGUUCCCCGAACGCAUUCUAACGACCGGGAUCAAGCUCGACAAGCAGGACAACUCGGUUUGCGGAACAGCAGGAGCAGCGCCGCGAUCCAUGAAAAUCGGCGAGCUCGCUCCGACGGCUUCUCGAGAGCGCGUUCUCACGGCGCAUCCGACGCGGAAGAGUUUGAUGAGGUCAGACAGCAUCGUUCGAGUGAAAUUCAGCCUCCACGGCGGUUCGAGAGACGUGGUUCCCCACUCGAGAUCCAUGAGGACGAGUACGUCGAUCCCGCGUCGUUCAUGGAAAACCGCAACGGUGCUUCUGCCGCUGCCGACGAUGACGACACCGAGCUUCCUCUCCCACCUGCGAAAAACUUCCUCCGGAAGUCCUCUUACGAACAGAGCGCUCGGGAUGAGUUCGAAAAAAUGUCGAGGGCUCCCAUGUCGCCUCCCAGACACCGUCGGACGGUUCAGCAAUCCAGUAUUCCGAGAAACUCCGCGCGGGGACAAAUCGAUAGAGCCUCAGAUCUAAAAAUAGACGAGAGCGACGCAUUCAAGUCGGCGGAAGUGAAGGCUCGCGUUCAGGAAAUUCCCGACACGCUCGAAUUUCGAAGUAAGGAAAGAAGUCCUCCGCGAAUCCGUUGGAGUCCAUCCAAACCGUGGACGUGUAUCCACUGUACUCUCAUCAACCGAGCUGGCAGCCGCGUUUGCGAAGUGUGCUGUAAGACUUCUUUCGAAGAUACCGUGCCAGAGAACCAGCAGACCGAUCUCCCAGACGGCCAGAAGACCCUUUCCCAGAAAAAUACACCUACGCCGGAAGUGAAAUGUCCCAGCAGAGCCGCUGAGGGGAAGAAAAACUCAUCUGAAAGCACACGCAGAGGAAGCGCCCCGGAUUCGGCGAAGGACGGCCGGAAAGCAUCGAGGGGAGUCGACGGUUUCGAUUACGAAUUCGUCAAGCAGCAACGAGCGGUCGAAGAGGAGCUCAGAAGGCGGCUGGAGAACGAGAGACGAAUCGCGGCAGAGAACGCGAGGCUAGAAUCCGCCCAAGAUGGAACUGCGGAGCCGAAUGGUACGGGGCAGGCUUCCCUUAACAUGGCACACUUAAAUGGAAAUCCCCACGACACGUAUGAGACGGUCGAGUUUACAUCCGAAGCCGAAAGCGAGUCAGACACCGAGUCGGGCCGAGGGGGAGAUGAAUCGUUGACGACGAAGAGCUUAGCGUCGAGAUUUGAGAGGAAAAUCCUACAGAACAAGGAAAAGUCGCCGACCGUGGUGGGACCUUACCGUCGGAUGAUGGUCGACUCAAACGGGACCCCGAAAGCUCUUUCGUCCAUCAAUCAGGCUCGCUCGAAGUUCGAGACGACGCAAACCCAACCCGGACCGCGAAAGAGUUCAUUGAAAACUCGCGGCGAAACGUCACCGUCUUCCUCGAGAUCCUCCGUGGCGUCUUCAAUUGAGUCAAGUCGGAGAGCGCAGCCAGAGAUCCCGACAAGCCGCGAUCAGCGAGACUGCUCCGUGGACUCAUGUUCGAGCGGGGCCAGUCGAGAGCAGGAGAAAAUCAGUUCGAAAAAGAGUAAACCCAUUAAGAGACGUCAAGAUCCGGAGCCGAUUCCGCACACCACUUCAGCUCAAAGCGAUGCCACUCAAGAAUCCGAGGACGAGACCCUUGUCAACGAGGAGAGUCUCAGACCCCAACAAAAUCACCCGGAACAGAGCAAGGAGCAUCAUAGGCCUGCAAGGAAUUCCCAAGAUCUAUCUGAUUCCCAAAGCGCGGGAACACAUCCGCACAAGAGCGUUGCCGACUUGGUCGAAGAGCAGCGUCGAGAACUUGAGAAGGAGAAUGCUCUGAAGCUCAUGAGCGCCAUCAAGGAGGGCGAGACGGCUGGAUACACUGCCGAAGAUGUUCAAGUUGCCCGAGCUCUUUGUGGAGACGCGAAUCCUGUUCUUUGGCUGAAAACGAACUGGGCCCAUAUGAUCGAAACCGUGAUCCAUCUGUCGAAUUCUUACGUGGCAGAGAACAAUUUGAAGAAUGUCGGACAACUCAGCGUUUUAGAAGCUCAGGCAGCUCUGAGGCGACAAUCAGGGAAUAUUUGGAGCUCGGUUCUCGACGCUGUAGAGCGGAGACAAUCAACGUUCCAGUUGAUCAAUGGCAAGGGACCUUUCAAGGCCGACGAUAUUCUACAGGCGCUGAGAAGCUCACAGGGCAAUGCCGAUCAAGCUCUGGCCCAAUUGAGCAAUUCCACAAUGAAUGCCUUCCUCAUGAGAAUGUACUCGGCUGGUGCGGAAGCUCUCAACCGGAGUCCGAGCGAAAGCACCGUGGCCCCUGAGGAAAAAAUAGCGUUAUGGCUGGAAACCAGCAAAUCUGUUUCCAGCAGCGGAACGUCGGCGAUUUCCUCCAGCCAGGAAAGCCUGGACUUUUUAGCUGGGCCCGACCAGCAACUGCAAAAACUCGACAAGCUCAUGAAGAAGCGUCAAAUGCAGAAAAAAGAAGACUCGCGCUACAAGAAAUACAAGGAGCGGGUAGCCCACGCAAGACACCAUCACGAAGGCGCAAUGAUCGCUGAGACAGGAUACUUGGAUAAGCAGAUCCGACCGCCGGGAUCAUCCGUUUCGUCCGCGGGAUCGUCUGCGAGUCCGAACCCAAUGGAUUUGGAGAAUGUCAUCGAACAAAAACUUCAAACCGGUCUGAACUCGAUUCUGAGCGUCAUUGAGACAACUUUGAAAAAAGAGCGUCAGCAGGUUUUCAGCGACGAAGAAACCGCUCCGAAAGAUCCAGGUCAACAGAAACGUAAGAAGCAAGGUCCCAACUCGAGCUGUCGGAAAGGAGAAAACAGAGAUCGCAACGAACCCGAGUCACACGGGGAGAAGGACCGGCCUGGGGCCGAAGCCGAAAGGGUAGAAGAUGUUCCUGCUGUGAAACCGAAAACCAGAACGGCCUCCAAGCCGAAAGGGACAGAUCGGCGCAGCGGCUUUGAAUCGGUUGACGAAAGCCGUUCGAGGAAAGCACCCCAGAGGCGGAAAUCGUCGGGUAUCGCCGUGAGUUCCGAGGCCACCCAAAUGGGGGAUCCGACCCGUCGAGAAACUGGAGAGAAACCGUCAGGCCCGGCGAGGGUCCCACAGUCUGAAGCGGAAACCUCGGCGAUCGUCGGGGGUCGUGCGACAGAUGGAGCCAUCGGGAGCGGCGCGAGUACCGACGAGAGAGAUUACUCAGAAGUAGAGCUCGCUAUCGCCACGGUACAUGAGCCUCCGGUGACCAUCAUGCCGUCCUGUUUCCCGUUGGAGCAGCCAGCACGAGAAUCAGAUGAGAGCGAGGAAGAGUUCGAAGCCGCUGAGGAGUUCCUCGAUGCUCCGCAGAGCCCCCCAAUCGAGGCAAGCCACUCCGAAAUGUUCUGUGAAGCGUCUGAGCCUGAUGAUAGUGCGGAGCAAUCAGCUGCCGUCGCUGAAAUUAUUCCUGGCCACGCCGAAGUCCUCCCCGGAAACCCGGAAGCUACCGCGAGAGUCGCCGAUGAAAACAUACCUCUCGUUUUCGGACCUACGCAACCAAUUUCCGAUAAUCCGGGGCACACGAAAUUGCGGAGAUCGUCUCGACCGGAUACGGGACACGAACUCCGAGGGGGGGAUACCGGGAGCGAGGAGGUUCGAGCGCCUCAAGAUGGAGAAAUGCUCUCGAUUGGGACCGAGCCGGGAACCGAGCCAGGAACCGAGCCAGGAACCGAGCCAGGGACCGAGCCAGCAACUGACGAGGACGCUCCCGAAAUCGUUGUUGUUUUCGGUCCGAGUCAUCCGAGAUCCGAUAAUCCGAGCCAUGGUUCUGAUCACCAAGAGGCGGAUCUUCCGCGAGAAUUCUCGCGGAUGGGACCCACUCUGCCCCAAGCAGAUAACCCCGGUCAUCGAAUACUGGAGACCGGCAUCCACUCGAGGGUUUCGGAACUUCUUAAACCGGAUGAGGUGGACCGAUCUGCGGCGUCUUCACCAACAGAUAAAUUCAUCGAGGACUUGAAAUCACAAACUGCUGACGGUCGAUUCCUCUCGGAAACUGUGACGAUCAGCUUCGGCAUUCGGGAAAAAUCGACGUCGGCCGAGGCGGAUGCGGAUGGGAGCCGCGAUUUUGAGCCGAGUCGAAUUUCCGAGGACGAGAUGGAGGAUCGAGCCACCGAAAUCGGAGACGGUAGCGGAGCUCAGGACGAUGCCCAAGGAGACGCCCGGAACGGUCCACAGGUCGCGGGACGAGGCUACGCGGGAGGAGGAGAGGAUUUCGCGGAAGAGCCAAAUGCAUACGGUGGGAAUGUAUCAGAAGACGGGCAGCCCGGAUCACACGGAGCAGGAGACGGGGAGUCCGCAGCCAGCGCCGGCGAUCGGAUGGAAGACAUGGUAUCUUUUUCGGCGACGGAAGAUGAGCUCCGGGCGAAAGGGGUCCGUCAGGAGCAGAAUGACGUGAGCGAUCCACUCUCCGACAACGAGUCGAUCGGCGGGGAACGAACCGAACUCCAGAUGGAUGUCGGUGGGAAGCUACGAAAGAGCGUCGGCGAGUCCGACGGCCAAGUUCCCCUCGAUCAAAAAGAGCCGACGCCCCCGAUCGACACCGAACAAUUCCCGAGCAAAUCGAAGCCUCUCAAAAAGAAGAAGAAACUCCUUUCGAAAUCGAAAACCGCAGAAGACAGAAUAACGGAAGGUUUUAUCGGGAUCACGGAUACGCCUACACUCGACGGAACCGAGCAACACGUACACAACUCCGACGACUAUUCCGAUAUUUCAGACGAGGAUACGGAAUUACACAAUCGGCGAGGAAGUUUCUCCGCUUCAGGUAAUCUGGGAAACCAGACAGCGAUGAUGAAAGCUAUCAGACGAUCACUCGAGGACCUAGCAAGACUCGGUGGGAAGCCUCAAAAGGUUGCGUCACGCCAUGUCGUGUAUCGCCGACCGUCGAUCAGACGAAGGAGCACAAUCGUGGUCGUGGAUCGAGGAGACGGUUUCGGCCGCUCAUCCGACGGGGACGUCAUCAUAAUUAAGCCCCAGAACAGCCUCGAGAAAUCUCUCCGAGUUCCGGGUCAGGAGCUCACAAAAGCGAUCCUGGGAAUGGUCGCCAAGCAGCGGAGCCGACCACCGCCGAAAAAGAAAAUUGCAGACGCGUCCAAAUUGCAGCAAACGUCAGGGCAGCGCCCCUUCGCUCAACACAAACAGAAACAGUUCAAUGAAAAAGCGAUCAAUCUCGUCGCGGCUGGCCGCGUCGAGAGUAUCGUCCAGGCGCAGAUGGUGGCCGAACUCGUCGAUAUGAAUUUCGAUGAAGAAGAUGCGAUCCUAGCGUCAGCCAACACCGACAGCGUGUAUCAGGCAGUUUUAUUUCUGCAGCAAGAAUGCAACAUAUGCUACGGGACGUACCCGAUGAGUCAAAUGAUAGCUCUUCUCCAUUGUGCACACGUAGCGUGUCAAGAAUGCCUCCGGACAUACUUCACGAUCCAAAUCCGGGAUCGAAACGUUGGGGAAUUACGCUGUCCCUUCUGCAAUGAGCCUGAUCUCUCCGACGAGAAGAUCGAGCAAAACUAUUUCAGCAACAUGUCCGUUCUGCUGAAGGAUCUGGUCGACAAGGAAACCUUCGACCUCUUCCAGAAGAAGCUCGUGGAACGCGCACUCAUGAAGGACCCGAACUUCCGAUGGUGUCCGCAGUGCUCGUCGGGAUUCAUUACCGUGGCUCAGCAGAAAGCGGUCACCUGCCCAGACUGCAAGAAGAUCUCCUGCGCAGACUGUAAGAAAAUUUGGCGCAAGGAGCAUCAGACGCUUUCCUGCGAGGAAUUCGACCGAUGGAUCUCGCGAUACGAACCGGACUCCGCCGAGAUCGGUUUAGAGAGAUAUUUUGAGGAAAAUGGAAUUCAAUGUCCGGAAUGCAAGUUCCGUUAUGCGUUGAGCCGCGGUGGCUGCAUGCACUUCAAAUGCGUUCAAUGCGGUUUUGAUUUCUGCUCCGGGUGCAAUCGGCCCUUCAAGAACGGAGAGAAAUGCGGCUUUUCGGUCAACUGCAAGCGCAUGGGUCUCCACGCUCAUCAUCCUCGAAAUUGUCUCUUCUACCUCCGAGACAAGGAGUAUAAGAAGCUGGAGGUCCUACUCAGAGACGCCGGCGUUGCAAUAUGCCAGGAUCUUACAUCUGGCCAGGAGAAGCAAAACCAAUGCCAAGUACCUGAAACGAAGGAGUCCGCCUUCGGUGGGUACCGAGACGACAUUUGCGGACGCCAAAUCGAACCGAACAUGGCGGGUCUCUGCAAGAAACACUACGUUGAACAUUUAGGGAGUUUGAUUUUCCGCCACAAAGUUGAUCCCGUGCCGAUUCUCGAGAGCGAGGAGCUCGAGCUCUGCAUCCGACGAGCUAAUAUGCGGCUGCCCUCGAAGUAUCAGCUCACAGACGCAGUCUACAAAGACGUAUUGAGGAAGAUCGUUCGUGAAGAUAUCCCCUUGGAUAAGGUUGACCCCAAGCAGAAAUAG